GUUUGAGCUCGCGUGGAGGUGAUUCUAACCUAAUUGUUCUUAUUUUGGAGAGAUUGACGGCGGAGGAGGUGAUGGAGCUCAAGGACGGCUCCGGAUCUGACUCAUUCUCGCCUUCGAUUUGGUCUCUCAGACAGUUUAUCUGGUUUGGUUUAGAUUUGCUUCUCUCCUCGGGCUCUUUGUGGUUGUGGCUAGCUGGUCGGAGUUCUCAGAGAGGUUUACUAUAUUCGUUCAAUGUGGAUGUGGCAAUAGUUUGUGUGGAGGAUCAGCCUAUAGCAGUUUGCAACAAAAUUUUCACUACGUGUUGCCUUGGUGGGGUUCUCCAUGGGGAAUUGAGGCGGCGUUUGGAUUAAGCGGCUUCGCUAUUUUGUGGAAGAUGUUCUGUUACUCUCAAUGAAUUGGUGGCUGGAGGCGGCUUUUCUGGCUGCCCGUAGAUGCUCAUGUGCCGUCGAGUGUGAGUUUAGUCCGCUUAAGCCGCUCUGUUUUUGUGUUAGUUUUCAGAGAAGCGGUAAGUGCUCUUUCUUGAGGUUUGAGGACAACUUUAAAUUUGGGUUGCUUGUGAUAACAAAGAUGAGGACAUGAGCUCUUUCGAGCCGAGGAAACCACGCAAAUGUAAAAACUUUAUUGUUUAGAAUCAAUGUUUCGUUUUGGGUCUCCACU